GGUAUUUUGAAGUAGUGUACGUAAAGGAACAGUCAAGUUAUCUGAUCUGGUUAACAGUAGCAUGUCUUAUCGGGGCAUAUUAUUAAUUUAUCACAAGAGGUCAAUUCUCAGCAGUACGUGAUCCACAUAAAUCCAGAACGUUCUAGGCGGUGUGCAACGUCGAGACAUCUGUGAACUUGCUUUAAAGGAGUUCUCGGAACGCGCCCUUCAAGGUUUGGGUUGGCCCAGUGGCUGGGUACGAUCACGGUACGAUAUUCGGAUCAUCGGUGCACCAGGGCCUCGUUCGAGUAGUUUCUGGAGUGUUCUCCGUCCAAGGAUGUUCGUGAAACUGAUCCGGAUGUCCAGAGGGAUUUGAGGGAGCUGUUCCGUGGUCCCUAUCAGCUGACGCUUCCUCGAGCUGCGCCGAUAGCCGAUAGCUGCUGUCACGUGAACGGUGGGCGUGUGUGUUUGUGAUCCUCGACACGUGUUAAAUCCAUAUAAUAAGAGGUAAUCGAUAUAGAAGUAGGCAGACGGUUUUAUUGUAAUUUAUUUUAACCGUAAUAUACCAUAUUUGUGAUCUGUAGAAUUACGUAAAAUAACAAUUUGUCAACUGAAGUAUGGAAAUGACGUUCCGAGCGAUUAUUUCCUGCAAAUUACAUGUGCACAUAAAGCAAAUACUCACAUGUACCGCAUGUAGGGAUCACUAAGUAUGCAAGUCCUUGUAUUCGCGAUGUUUUACGCAUUGCUACCGUGCUACGUAUCUACAUCACAUACGUCCUAUGCUGUGGUAUUGUUUUUCAGUGUAUGUACAAUCUACAUCACACAUGCUUUGAUAUUAUGUUUCAGUGAGGAGUGAUUUUAGAGUAAUGUUGGUAAUUUCCUAGUCACUGUGAGCUUAUGUCACGCGCUUUACGUGUUGUGUAUUGCGUGUGGUCUUAUGUUGUCACCUAGUUGACGUAACAUUUGCAAUGUCGUAUUGUUCGGCUGCAGUGUGUCUCUGGCUCGUUCUCGCGGUUGUUUUUAUUUAUUUUUUCUUCCUAUUGUACCGUAACAAAGACAAUAGGGCUUACGUUUGUCAUUGUGUACGGUGUAUGAACAACAUGGAGACAUUCCAACCUGGCACGUGCCAUUUGACCUGUCCUCAAGUUACCGAUGAUGCUGACUUGCCGACGUGGUUAGCGGACUGCGGAACAUACGCAUAUCGCUCGCUUAUUCCGUCCCCAAAUGCCUUCGCUUGAACAGAACAGGCCGAAUAUAUUGGGCUCGUUGGAGCCAGCUUCUGGGUAGGAUUUGUGUAUUGACUAUGUAAGGCCGUGAACCAGACCAAGUGUCACUGGCCACUGGGUCACCACUCACCAGUGCCAGUGCCCUCGACUGUCAAAAGCUCCCGAGAAAGGCUGCAGUUCGUUUGUACGGAGUGCAACAACAGUGGACUUUCAGCCGCCGGGUGGAUUUCGUCCACUUGUGGCCGAGAGCGCUGCUGUGGUACGGUUAAGUGACCCUCCACCAGCUCUGCUACCGGCCGGGGUCACUGCGUUAUCGGGGGAUCUCGAUAGAUCUGACCACUCGGGUCGCGGCUGAUACGGGCUGAGAGCUGCCGUAUCGCCGUCUAUAUAACGAUGCGCGGCCUCAUACGGUCAACUGAGCCGGUCACGCACAGGCUCUCCCGACCCUGACCAUGUAUCUGUGGAGGUGCGCGCUGCUGCUGCUGGUGGGGGUGGCCGCGGCCCUGGCCGCCCAGCCCCGAGGCAGUCCGCAGGAGCUCGGAGUGUGGCCGAUCCGCACGGCGGACGAGGGCCGCGGCCGGCGCACGUGCUACUUCUCUGCCUGGGCGUACAGCCGGCCCGAGCUGGGCAGCUAUGACGUAGAGGACAUCCCGGCCGACCUGUGCACCCACCUCAUCUACUCGUUCAUCGGCGUCAGCAACGUCACCUGGGGGGUGCUGAUCCUCGACCCGGAGCACGACGAGGGCGCGGACGGCGGCUUCCACCGGUUCACGGCUCUGAAGCAGCGCUACCCGGGCCUGGUCACCACAGUGGCCAUGGGCGGCUGGGGAGAGGGCGGCAAAAAGUACUCCGAGAUGACCUCCGACCCCAGCCGACGCAAGUCGUUCAUCGCCAGCGUCGUCGCGUUCAUCAAGGAGUACAACUUUGACGGCCUGGAUGUGGACUGGGAGUACCCGGGCGCCUCGGACCGCGGCGGAUCGUUCUCGGACAAGGCCAACUUCGUCUCCUUUAUGCAGGAGGCGCGCGCCGCGUUCGACGCCGAGGACCCGUCCUGGGAGCUGACGAUGGCCGUCGGUGUGCCCGAGUUCCGGAUCGGGGACGGGUACGACGUGCCGGCCCUGUGCUCGGUCGUUACCGCCGUACACACCAUGACGUACGACCUGCGCGGCAACUGGGUCGGCUACGCGGACGUGCACACCCCGCUCCAUAUGAGGCCCGGACUGGAUCAGUACGCCUACGAGAAACUCAAUAUUGAGGACUCGAUGCAGGUGUGGGUGCGCCACGGCUGCCCCCAGAGUAAACUCCUGGUCGGCCUGGCCACCUACGGGCGCACCUACACGCUCAGCGACCCCAACAAUCACGACCUGGGCGCCUGGGUGAAGAAAUGGGUCGGCGGCGGCAACCCCGGACCCUACACUAACGCCACCGGCUCGCUGGCCUACUACGAGAUUUGCUCCACACUGGACAGCUGGAACCAGGAUUAUGACGACAUCGGCAAAUGUCCGUUCGCCUACAAAGAUGACCAGUGGGUCGGGUACGAGGACCCGGACAGCCUCAAGUUCAAGACGGACUUUAUCAAGGCGAACGGCUUUGGCGGCGGGAUGGUAUGGGCCACCGACAUGGACGACUUCCGCAACCUGUGCGGCCGCGGCGCCAAUCCCAUGCUGCGGCUCAUUUACGAGGAGCUGAAGGACUACGUGGUGCCGCCGUCACCCACCCUGCCGCCCACCACCAAGCAAACGUGGUACCCGCCGGCGCCGACGCAGCCGACGCCGCCUCCGGACGCCGACUGUUCGGGCGGCUGGGAGUACCUGCCGGCCCCGCGCUGUGACCAGUACUACUGGUGCUUCAACGGCGAGGCCCACCUGGAAACGUGUCCGACCGGCCUGAUCUGGGACGAGACGCACAGCAGCUGCACAUGGCCGGGCACGGCGCCGCCCGCCAACUGCACCAUGCCGUCAGCCGCCGCAGUCGCCGGGGAUAACAAGGCGCCCACUGGCUCGAAAAUCGCCGCCAAGCCGCUCCCGAUGCCCCUGGCUAAGAACUCGAUCAAGAAGGCCGCUGCUGCCGCUGCUGAGGCCAAGCCCGUUCCGAAAAAGGCCGCGUCUGCUGCUGCCGGCUCGGACGCCGCUGCCAAGCCCAGUAAGCCCGCCCCGAAGGCGGCUCCCGCUGUUCAGACCAAUAAGGUCCCGCAGAAGCCCGCUCCCCCCGCUCAGGAGGUGGUGCCCAGUCACGCGUAGUUGUGGUAUUUAGUGUCUCUGCGGCCAGGGUGCGGCUAUUUUCGGUGCUGUUAUUGUGAUGCGUUAAACGAUCGUGCCAAGUGCAAAUUGCCAGUGGGUUUGUGACGUUUCGACUCGUUGUGCCGUAGUGUUCGAAUGGUAUGGAGGCUACGAAUGAUAGCUGCGAUAAAAAUUAUACGGAAGGUACGACAAAAGCUGUCGAGGUGGCUAAUAAAUAGUGGUUGAAAAGA